UUUACGUGAUGACGUACCUUCCGACGUCUUAUGAAACAAUGAUGGCGACCUCCAUCGGCCGUGGCUCGUGACUGUACGACCGUUCACAUCAAUCAGCAAUCCGUGGUUAUCGCGUUACAUGUAACUCUUGAUUGACAAGUUGGUUUCUUCGUAUCUGUCGACUUUCUUUCUAGAGAACAUGAAUCUGCACAAACUGUCCUCGCGACUGUGCCCAACAGUAACACAGAAGUUCAGGCAUCUCCACAUCCAAAGCAGUGGCCAGCAGCUGGAGGCAGUUGCUGUGGAAACAGAAUCAACUGAACCAAAUCCGCUGUCAGUCUUCAGAACUUCAGAGCAGAAUCCUACGUACCAUUCAGAAAGACAUACUGGGCAGUACUACACGCUCCCCCCGGCUCACAUCCAAAAACUCUUCCCUCAUGGACUGCCUCCACGCUUCCAGUUACAGAUUAAAACGUUUAAUGAAGGCUGCGUGAUGGUGAGGCCACCGGUGCUGGAGCUUAUCUCAUAUCUUAAAAAGGCUGAUUACAGCAAGCCUCCGCUGCGUUAUAUACUCUAUGGAGAUAUAGGCACUGGAAAGUCCAUGUCUUUGAGUCAUGCCCUGCACUACUGUUACACUCAGGGCUGGCUGAUCGUGCACAUACCCGAUGCUCAUCUGUGGGUCAAGAACUGCAAAGAGCUGCUACCAUCUUCUUCCCGCCCCUCACGCUUUGACCAGCCAAUCCAGGCAUCCCAAUGGCUGAAGAACUUCAAAAUCACCAAUGAAGGCUUUUUAUCCAAGAUAAAGACAACACAACAGUAUGUGUGGACAAAGAGAGAAAGUACUGAAAAGGGGCAGCCUUUAGGGGUGCUUGUUGAUCAGGGUGUGAAUCGCAUGAAGAGCAGCAGUGAUGUGGUGGGCGCAGUGCUGCGAGAGCUGAGGCUGCAGGCAGGGGGCACCACAGAGGGCGAGGGGGCCUUUAAACUGGCUGUGGCUGUGGAUGGAGUAAAUGCUCUGUGGGGCAAAACAUCUCUUAAAAAGGAGGACAGAACUAUGUGUGAGCCAGAGGAACUGACUUUGAUUCAUAAUCUGAGGAAGAUGAUGAAAAACAAUUGGAGUGGAGGUGCCAUUCUCACAGCUUUGUCUCAGACCGGCUCUCUGUUCAAGCCACAGUCUGCUUACCUUCCCAGUGAGCUACUAGGAGAGGAGGGAUUUGAUAAUAUGGAACCUUUUGUGCCAGUUUCUGUGUCCAACUACAAUGAGAAGGAGUUUGAGAGCUGUUAUCUGUACUAUUUAGAGCGCAACUGGCUGCAGCAUCCACACAGUCGAUCUGAAGAAGGAAAGAAAGAGCUUAUCUUUCUCAGCAACAAAAACCCGUCCAUCCUGGAACGAUUGUGUGCCUUCUUGUAAUGCACAUUUGCUUACUCUUGCGUCUGUAUACCAUGUGACUUCAAUAAAAGUAUAAGCAUGCAGCUUUUUUUCAUAAUAAAAU